AUGACUGAUGAAGAGGUGAAAGACGAAAGAAUAGCGACCUUUUAUCUUCUCUUCUCUUCUCUUCUCUCUCCUGGUUGCGUUGUCUGAGAAAGAGAUCAGUCCCAGCUCCGCAUUUAUUUCAUUAUUAUUAUUAUUUUUAUUUUUGUGAUUCUUUCUUUUUCUUUUCAGAAGGCGAUUGUAAAACACUCACUGCAAAGAGCAAGCAACAAAGAGAAAGAAAAGGAGAGAAAGAGAAAGAAAGAAAGAGAGAGAAAGACAGACAGAGGGACAGCAGAGAGAUAGCAGAGUUCAAGAAGCUUUCAAUCCCACAGAAGGAAAACGAUGUCUGAGAGCUUUGCACCCUUUCAAUUCCUGCAACUCUAAGAGAAGCGGCAACAGGAUAAAGCGGUACUGGGGGCGAAGAAGAAAGAGAUGAUGAUGAAGAAGAAGAUACUGAUAUGGGAGUAGCAACACCACCACCUCCUCCUCUCUUGUCUCACUCCAAGAAUCGCCUCCCAAUUCAACUCUCCAAGACUGCAUCGGCCUCCGAUAGGCCUAAUUCUUUAAAUUCUAUGUCCCAAAGCUUCCAUCAAGGGAUCUUCAGUUUCUCCAAUGGUUUUGACAGAUCGACUACAACACACCAAGAGCAACAGCAGGCGCAGCACAUCGCACAGCAAAGCCGGAGGGACAAACUUAGGGUGCAAGGGUUCGAGGCGCCUCCACCUUUGGUGGGAAUAGAAGCAGAAGAAUCUGGGGAGUUGCCGGGUUAUGAAACGGGUGGGAUGUUAUCGGAGAUGUUCAAUUUCCAGCCAGGCGUCCCCGUGGCUGCCGACCUCUUAGAGAAUCAGAUCGCGUCGAAUUAUCGACUACCGCGACCACCGCCUACGGCGGCAACACCAGCAGCAAAUGAGUGGUAUGGGAGCAGACAAGGGAUGGUGGGCGGGUUAGGUCCUUUGGGGGAUGCAAAGCACCCAAACAGCAAUAACCGUGACAGUCACAGUAUAGCUCAGCAUCAUCAGAUUUCAAGCCUAAAUGCGGACUCGGCAGCUGCCAUGCAGCUUUUCCUUAUGAACCCACAAACAAGGUCACCUUCUCCACCUCCUCAACCACCUUCGUCGUCGUCUACCCCCAUCCAUAUGUUGCUUCCCAAUCCAUCCACUACUACUCAUCUACAGGGAUUUCAGUCGGCCGGAGCUGCGGCUGCAGCCGGAGUGGGCUUUGGUAGUAACUCAAUUCAUCCAGCACAAUUCACUUGGGUCCCAGGUGGCGGCGGAGGUGAAAACACGGCUACUCAUCUCAGUAACACAAGCAAAUUUGGUGGGGGUGUGGAGAGCCAAGGGCUUUCGUUAUCGUUGUCGUCAUCGUUGCAGCACUUGGAAGCGGCCAAGGCGGAGGAAUUGAGAAUGGGAGAUGGUGGGGUGUUCUAUUACAAUCCCGGAGGUGGUGUUUCUUCGGCCACUUCGUACCCAUUGAAGAAUAAUCUGGGGAAUCAUAACCAACCAUUGCAUUUGCAAGGAGUGGGACAGAACCAUCAGGUCCAUGUUGGUUUCGGAUCGUCCUUAGGGGUCGUCAAUGUCUUGAGGCAUUCUAAGUAUGUCAAAGCUGCGCAAGAAUUGUUGGAAGAGUUUUGCAGUGUCGGGAGGGGACAAUUAAAGAAUAACAGGCUUGGCAAGCAUCAGAGCACCAACCCUAACCCUAAUCAGGGUACUAGUGCUGGUGGGUCUCCAUCAUCUUCCAAGGACCUACCUCCUUUACCAGCUACUGAAAGGAUUGAGCAUCAGAGGAGGAAAGUCAAGCUAAUGUCCAUGCUUGAUGAGGUUGAUCGAAGAUACAAUCAUUACUGCGAGCAAAUGCAUAUGGUAGUAAAUUCCUUUGACUCAGUCAUGGGUUUUGGAGCGGCAACUCCCUAUACAGCGCUUGCCCAGAAAGCGAUGUCAAGACACUUCCGAUGCUUAAAGGAUGCAAUAGCGGCACAAUUGAAGCAUACGUGUGAGGUUCUGGGAGAGAAGGAUGGUGUGGGAGCCUCCGGUGUAACGAAAGGGGAGACGCCAAGGCUUCGGUUGCUUGAACAAAGCCUCAGACAGCAAAGAGCCUUCCACCAGAUGGGUAUGAUGGAGCAAGAAGCUUGGAGGCCUCAGAGGGGCUUGCCUGAGCGAUCGGUCAACAUUUUGAGAGCUUGGCUUUUUGAGCAUUUCCUUCAUCCGUACCCGAGUGAUGCAGAUAAGCAUUUGUUGGCGCGACAGACUGGUUUAUCGAGAAAUCAGGUUUCAAACUGGUUCAUUAAUGCCAGGGUUCGGUUGUGGAAACCCAUGGUGGAAGAGAUGUACCAACAAGAGACCAAAGAAGAAAAAGAGGAGAGAGAGAAAAAUCAAGCGGGCCAAAGCAGCGGCUCUGCACAGACACCAACGUCUACAACACCAGUAACUGCAGCAGCAGCAGGAGUAACAGCUGCAACACCACCUCCAACAGCAACAACAACAUCAUCCCCAACAACAACAACAGCAGGCAAAAGAUCCGAAAUCAAUGCCAACGACAAUGACCCCUCGUUCAACGCAAUCAAUAGACAACGCUUCUCGGAAAACCAAGCAAGCCAAGCCACCCAAACAAUGACCACCACCAUCACCUCACACAGUGACAUGUCAUCCCUCGUACCCCAACGUUUUCAGGCGACCCAUGAACCAGACAUUCAUCAUCGGGUGGCGGUUGAUGACACGCGUCGGCACCAUGGGAGCGUGGUUGCUACGGAUUAUGGGACCACCACUGCCAACUCCAAUCUAGGGGCCACACUUGUAAGAUUUGGGACCACCACCGGCGAUGUAUCCCUCACGCUAGGGCUUCAACACGCCGGAAACCUGCCGGAGAAGAGCCGAUUUUCUGUCAGAGACUUUGGGGGAUGUUGAAUUUCGAGGAUCCCCACUUCCCACCCCAUCUAAUCAUCUCCCAGAAAGAAAAACUCUCUCUCCCUCUCACUCUCUCUAUCUCUCUCUAUUGAUCUAAUUUUUCCUGUUGGAAAUAUAAACGAAUGAGAAACGUAGCAUUAUUUUAGCUAGCUCUCCAAGAUUACUGUUAAUUGUAUAGUAGAUUGUUUUGCACCAUUUUCUUUCUUUUGUAAAUUUAAGGUUUUGUACCUUAAUAUCUCUCUACCUUGUUAGAGAACAUAAUAUUUAAGAAGGAAGAAAGGGGAACAAUAACAUGAUGAAUAUGAGUUAUGUGCACUUAUGGUUUA